UGCAAACUAGACAAAUUUGAGCAUUCUUAACGCAGGAUAAUCAAAUAUUCUUUUUGGGAUUUCUAAGUUUUCAUAACAGGAAUGAUUUCAUUUCGUUAAGUUGCCAAUGUUAAAUUUUUUAGGAUUUAAGAAAUGUUUUCUUUUUUGCUACAAAAAAUGUUUGCCUUUCGUCACUUGCAAACAUAAAUAAAUAAUCUUAACUAAUAUCUCAUCUCAUAAAAAUGACAAAAAUUGGAAAUAACUCAUGAAAUGGACACUAAUAUAUAGACUACAUGCUAAUUGAUAUGGUUUAUAAAUCAAUGUUAUUUCAUAAAUUAAUAUCAGAAUAUGUUACCUAAAUUAAUGAUAUCCCAAGGGCAUGAUCAAAACAAUGACAUUUUAUGAUCAUAUAAUUAUAUGUAUUUUUGGUUGCGAAAUUUUUAAUUUUCUGCUUUUUUUAUGUCUGUUUUCAUUCACAAGGUGUUAGGGUUAGUCAGUGUACAGGUGUAUUAAGGUAUAGGAAUGAAUGAUUGGCAUCUGCGUGAAUUUAGCUAAUAGAUUUGACUUAAUGUAAUAAUCGUCCAACGCUGAUGAAAGAAAAUUAGGUUUGCAUUAGUUCGACUCAAGUAGCUAAUAUCAGAAUAUGGAAAAAAAUAAAAUAAAUUGCAUAUAUCUCCCAAAACAAAUUUGAGUAUCCUACGUACACCUUGCUCGUAUUUUUUUGUUAAUCAUUUAACAAUACGAAUUUAUGUUUUAUUCAAUGUUGUUUGAAAAUUAACAUCACGAGCAAUACGAGGUUAUUUAUUUGUUUGUUUGGAAAGCAGCCAUUACACUUUCACUCUUGGGUAAUCAAUAUGAAACUGUAAUUCGAGUAUACGGAACUGUUGAAAGUGAGCGCAGAAAACAAAAAUGAGUGAUGCACAAAAAUAGCAAUAUCACAUUUGAAGUAGGCCUAUUUUAGAUGGAGUAGGCCUACAAAACUACCAUAAGUGAUGUUUCAAAUAUGACUUAUCAAAUUAAUAUAACAGUUUUCAUUUAUGGAAUAGAUAUAACUGUAUAAGAAAAAUACUAUUCCUUAAAUAUUAAACACUGAUUUUUUCAUUUGCUUGUAAUAAUCUUUUUAUCGAAUUAGCAGAUUAAGCUAUUGUAGUUUAAAAUGGCAUCCAAUAAUCCAAAUAUGAGUUAUCAACAACAAAGAUAUUAUCCCCCUCCAACCCAAGCAGGCGGUUAUACGGGGCAGUAUCAACAACAGCCACAGCAAUAUCAGCAACAACCCCAGCAAUAUCAACAACAACCUGGCUAUGCCCCUCUGCCGCAAGGGCCAUACCAGCCCCAGCCUGGCUAUGCUCCUGCUGGUCAGGUCCCCCCAAAUGCAUAUGCCCCUCCAGGUGCCGCUGCACCCCCACAGGCCUAUCCUGCAGCAUCUGGUGACCAAGGGCAAGUGACUGAAAAGACCCCAUGGAACCCAAACCAAGCGACAGCAUACAGUGGGCCCGAUUUGCCAACUGAUGAUGUGAUGGAAAAUCAGGCUGGAGAUGCACCUGCUACUGCUCCACCACCAAGCUAUGAUCUAGCUGUUUCUGGAUAUGAAAAUGUUGGGGUCACAUCAGAUAAUCCAGUUGGCCCUCCUCCUGCAUAUGAACCCUCUGAAAUGGUGGAAGCCAAAGUAGAUACAUCAAAGAUGCCAACUAUUUCAGAUGAUGAAGCGAGAGAUGCGUUGUUGGUGCUUGUUAAUAAAAGUGCAUGCUGGGGAGCUGGAGCGGCAAAGAAAAUGAAAUUGAAAGAUAUGAUUGCAACUAAUGCAUAUCACUAUACUCUCGAAACAUACACUGAAGGUCGCACAACCAAGUAUGCUCAAACCCCUUUCAGAGGUGGUUAUGUUGAUGGUCCUGAAAAUGGUCAGGCACCGCUUCCAUGGGAAAUCUCAUGUAAUUCUACUGCUCUUUUUAAAACUGAGCAGCAUAAGAUUCCAGUACCACACACUGAAGUUGUUAAGACAUGUAAUUGUUGUUGGGGACGCGGAUUCAAUCGUUGCACAAGAUGUCAUGGAAGAGGAAAUGUCAGGUGCUCGUUUUGUCAUGGUUCUGGCACAAGACAUGUUCAUAAUUCAGAUGGCCAUUCACAUCACGCCCAAUGUACUUCUUGCCAUGGCCGUGGAAGAAAGCGAUGUAUUACUUGCCAUGGAUCGGGAUGUGUUUUGUGCAUUGUUUGUGCUGGGUAUGGCAAUGUAAAGCAAUUUAUUCAGCUUACUGUAUUGUUUACAAAUCGUUUGAGCGAUCACAUUGUGGAGCGCACCGAUUUACCAAAUGAGCUCAUCAGAAAUGUUCAAGGAGAUGAAAUUUUCCAGCAAACGUAUCCCCGAGUCAGCCCAAUUGAGAAUUUUUUUGAAACGGAAAUAAACCAGAGAUCUUUGCAGCUAGUCAAUACUCAUGCAUCCUCAUGGCCAGCGGAACGUAUCUUACAACAGAGGCAUGUUCUUCGUUCAGUUCCAGUCCAUGAAUGCCAUUUUGAAUUUAAGGAUAAACCAGGUCGUUUCUGGGUUUAUGGUCACCAACGUGAGGUAUAUACAACAGAUUACCCUCACACUUGCUGUUGUUGUCAGUGUGCUAUUCUCUAAAUAACAGUCCUCAGUUUUCCAAUCAAAAAUGAUCAAUGGAAAAAUUAUAAGUUGUUUAAAUUAUAUUUUGUUUUUACAACUGAUUAUGAGAAAUACAGAGAACUGUUUUUGAUGCAUGGUGAUUUUGAACAAUGUUUUUUUUUAUAUAUAUGACAAUUUCAAAAAGCAUGGUGAUUAACAAAAUAUGAUUUUUCUCUCAUGAUACUCCUAUUUUUGAAUGUGGUUCCAUCGCUUAUCUAAUCUAUGUGCAAUAUGUACAAAACUUUAACACUAGCCUAAGUAAAUAUUUGUUGUUAUGCUCUGCAGUAUUUUAGUUGCUUAAAAAACAUUAUAGAUGUUAUUUCUUACGUUUACUGAAUGAUUUACGAAUCGAUAUAAGUAAAACUUCACCUUCAAUAUAUUUAAGACUGCUUUUGUUAUAUAUAUUUAACCUGUCGCUUGUAUCAUAUCUGAUUUUAAUUGGUUGGAAAGAAAUCCUAAUCAGCUUAUAUAUAUAUAUAUAUAUAUGACCAAUAUCUAGUUUAAUGCUAUAUUCUGACUGUCAUAACAACUUUAUACAUAUCCUUAAUGCUUCCUGACGAUUACAUGUUAUACCCGAAUGUCAUACUAUACAGAUUUUUAACUAACUAAUGAUUCUUUCUGGUUUUUAUUAACUUUUUUUGAUUUCUUAAUAAGAAAAGAACCAUUAUUAUACAUUUGUAUAUGGAUCAACCGAUCAACACAUACCUUGAGCACCAUUGCUACCUGUAAAAUAUCUCAAAACAACAUUUUUUGAUUUCUUCACAUAUAAAAGUCAAAUUCUUUUUUUGAUUGCUUCAUACUAAUAUCCAUAUAAUAUACAGUAUUGUAAUUCUCAAAGUCCGUUUUAUAUAUGCUUAGCAGCUUAGUUAUUAUCUUUUAUUUCACAUUUCUUUGCAGAAAUUGAUUCUUUACUAGAGGUGCACUAUAUUUAAAAAAAAUUGCUUUUGCUAUUUCCCAUAAAAUGUAAUUAUAGGGGAAUUUUAGGCAUUACAAUCGAACUUGAAAUUGUAAAUUAUUUUCAUAAUUAAAUUAAUUCACCCUUCAGAAAUCAGAAAAUAUAGGUAUUGAAAUAAUAGAAGAUCUGAUUAUGGGCUUUUUGACAGGUUAUGGAGUAAGAGUUUUUAUUCAAAAUUCUGCACGGAUUUAUAGUUUAUUAGCUGCAUGCUAUCUGUAAAUUAUUAUUAUUUGUGUUCAGGUUUCAUUUACCUACAUGCCUUUGCCUGUACAAUGCCUAUGCUGCUUCCGUGAUGAUUUAUUUCAUGCUAAUAUCAUUCAGCAGUUUUAUUAAUUUCAUAUAUAUGUAAAAUAAAGACCUCA